AUGGCUGAACAGGUUGAGCGUGCGUUUCAAAAGCAAAAACUUUUGGGUAAGAAGCGUUCCCGGUAUUACAAGUCUAUCGGCUUGGGUUACAAGACUCCAAAAGAAGCAAUUUUUGGCACAUAUAUUGACAAGAAGUGCCCAUUCACUAGUGAUGUCACUAUUCGAGGCAGAAUUCUCACAGGCACUGUGCGAAAAAUGAAGAUGAAUCGCACCAUCGUCAUUCGUCGCGACUACAUGAAGUAUGUCAAAAAAUACAAGCGCUUUGAGAAGCGACACAAAAAUAUGUCCGUCCAUUUAUCUCCUUGUUUCCGUGACGUUCAAGUUGGAGAUACUGUAACCUGUGGCGAAUGUCGGCCCUUGAGCAAGACCGUUAGCUUCAACGUUAUCAAAGUGUCGAAAGCAAGCGGCUUCAAGUCGAAGAAAGGAUUUAACAAAUUCUAA